AGCUCCGCUCCUCUUGAAGUCCUCAGGCCGCUCACAGCGCGGGUUCAGCGGGCACACAGUCAGCGGUCAGCCGCCUCAUUCCUCCACACAGACUCCAUCCUGCUCCUCCCGGCAUGCACUGCGGCCCCACAGCGCCCCCUGCCGGCCUGCUGCUCCUCCCGGCAUGCACUGCGGCCCCACAGCGCCCCCUGCCGGCCUGCUGCUCCUCCCGGCAUGCACUGCGGCCCCACAGCGCCCCCUGCCGGCCUGCUGCUCCUCCGGGACUCUUCUUCCUCUGUGAACAGAAGGCUGCCGAUCAGCUAUGAGGGUCUCUACCGCCCCCUCUGGAGGCUCAGACACAGACCGGAUCAGACACAGACCGGAUCAGACCGGCAUUAUCAGAGGUUUGCUCUCACUCCGGGGCGGCAGGGGGCGGGACUGAGCCGGUCAGCUGGUCCUCCGUGAGACCCGAAGAAGAAGAAGAACCAAGAUGGCGGAGCAGUGUGAUUACGGAACAGGGAUAUUGAACUUGAGUUGUGUGUAGUGUGUGUACUCAGGCUGUGUGUGUGUAGUGUGUGUACUCAGGCUGUGUGUGUGUAGUGUGUGUGUGUGUGAGGGUCGCUGUGAGGAUGGCUCACCUGUACCUGAGGCUGUCAGCGGGCUGCAGGACCCUGUUCCGGCUGCUGCCCCCCUGCAGCGCUCCGGCCAGGCUGGUGACUUGCUCAGGCACAGUGUGUCAGGUAGAGAGUGGGCGGAGCCUGCUGAGGGACCUGCUGGGAGCGUACAGGAGGAUGAGCUCCAAACCGCCAAAAGGGUUUGAGAAGUAUUUCCCAGAGAGUCAGAAAACUCCUCCAAACACCGACAAUGAAGCUGCAACCAAAGAGGAUAAACCCUCCACUUCUCAGAGAGCCUCUGGGAGCUCAGGUGGAGGGGGCGGAGCCGAGGGUGGUGGUCCAGGUGGAGGUGCAGGUGGAGGUGGAGGUGGAGGUAAACGGGGAGGCCGCAGGGAGGAGUCCCACUGGUACAGCCGCCUGCAGAAGGGGGACGUACCCUGGGACGACAGAGAGUUCCGGAUGUACUUCCUGAGCGGAGUGGCGUUCUGGACCACGAUCACCUACUACUUCUUCUUCAGGGACGGAGGACGAGAGGUCACCUGGAAGGACUUUGUCAACAACUACCUGUCCAAAGGAGCGGUGGACCGGUUGGAGGUCAUCAAUAAGCGUUACGUCAAAGUGGUUUUCUCUCCGGGGAAGACUCAGGGGGACGGGCAGUACGUGUGGUUCAACAUUGGCAGUGUGGACACGUUUGAGAGGAACCUGGAGACGGCUCAGUACGAGCUCGGCAUCGAGGGCGAGAACAGAGUGCCCGUCAUUUACUCCACAGAGAGCGACGGCACGUUCUUACUGAGCAUGCUCCCCACCGUGCUCAUCAUCGGCUUCCUGUUGUUCAUGCUGCGGCGGGGCCCCGCAGGGGGGGGGAGACCCGGCCGAGGGAUGGGCGGGCUCUUCAGCGUCAGCGAGACGACGGCGAAGAUCCUGAAAGACGAGAUCGACGUGAAGUUCAAGGAUGUGGCGGGCUGCGAGGAGGCCAAGCUCGAGAUCAUGGAGUUCGUCAACUUCUUAAAGAACCCCAAACAGUACCAGGACCUGGGGGCCAAGAUACCCAAGGGGGCCAUUCUGACAGGUCCUCCAGGAACAGGAAAAACUCUCUUGGCCAAAGCGACGGCUGGCGAGGCCAACGUGCCGUUCAUCACCGUUAACGGCUCAGAGUUCCUCGAGAUGUUCGUGGGCGUCGGCCCUGCCAGGGUGAGAGAUCUGUUCGUCAUGGCGAGGAAGAACGCUCCCUGCAUCCUCUUCAUCGAUGAGAUCGACGCCGUGGGACGGAAACGUGGGCGGGGGAACUUCGGCGGUCAGAGCGAGCAGGAGAACACGCUGAACCAGCUGCUGGUGGAGAUGGACGGCUUCAACACGGCCACAAACGUUGUGGUUCUCGCAGGAACCAACAGACCUGACAUCCUGGACCCGGCUCUGAUGAGACCAGGACGCUUCGACAGACAGAUCUACAUCGGUCCUCCUGAUAUCAAAGGUCGGGCGUCCAUCUUUAAAGUUCACCUGCGCCCUCUGAAGCUGGACACUGAAAUGGACAAAGACGCUCUGGCAAAGAAGAUGGCCGCCCUCACUCCUGGAUUCUCAGGCGCCGACAUCGCUAACGUCUGUAACGAGGCGGCUCUGAUCGCCGCUCGCCACCUCUCAGACGCCAUCAACCAGAAGCACUUUGAGCAGGCCAUCGAGAGGGUCAUCGGAGGUCUGGAGAAGAAGACUCAGGUGCUGCAGCCGGAGGAGAAGAAGACGGUGGCGUAUCACGAGGCCGGUCACGCCAUCGCUGGAUGGUUCCUGGAGCACGCCGACCCGCUGCUUAAGGUGUCCAUCAUCCCCAGGGGGAAGGGUCUGGGGUACGCUCAGUACCUCCCCAAAGAGCAGUACCUGUACACCAAGGAGCAGCUUCUGGACCGCAUGUGCAUGACUCUGGGGGGACGGGUCUCAGAGGAGAUCUUCUUUGGACGGAUCACCACCGGAGCUCAGGACGACUUGAGGAAGGUGACCCAGAGUGCCUACGCACAGAUCGUUCAGUUCGGGAUGAAUGCUAAGGUGGGUCAGGUGUCCUUCGACCUGCCCCGGCAGGGCGAGAUGGUUCUGGAGAAACCGUACAGCGAGGCCACGGCUAGACUCAUCGACACCGAGGUCCGAGCUCUGAUCAGCGAGGCCUACCAGAGAACCCACCAGCUGCUGAGCCAGAAGAAGGCCGAGGUGGAGAAGGUGGCGCUGCGGCUGCUGGAGAAGGAGGUUCUGGAUAAAAGCGACAUGGUGGAGCUUCUUGGUAAACGCCCGUUUGCAGAGAAGUCCACGUACGAGGAGUUUGUGGAAGGAACCGGCAGCGUGGACGAGGACACGUCUCUGCCCGAGGGUCUGAAGGACUGGAACCAGGAGAGGAAGGAGAAGGAGAAGGAGGAGAGUCCGGAUGAGCAGGUGGCUCGCCAGAUCUCUGGAGGAAUGCCCUUCUAGACCCCUCUGAUGGACCGCAGAACCCCCAAACACAGCAGAACCCCAAACACUGACAUGCUUAUUUAAGUUCCGCUCUAUCUGGACUUCAGCUUCACAGCUAUCUGCUGCUAGAACCUGCUCUCUGCACCAACACCAAACCCUGCAGGUCCCCCAACCCUAAACCUGACCGACCCUCCUGCUCAUGUGCAGAACCCUGCUGGAGUGGUAAAGGUUUCUGUGAAAUGCUUUUCAGUCUGCCUCCCCGCCCCAGAACCCUCAGGUUCCCUCAGAUCUGAUUGAACCAUCACUUUAUGAAGAAGGUGGAGCUGGACUGCUCCAACGUGGGUUCCUGAACAUUCAAAUGCUGACAUGUAGUUCCUCAUGAGGAUGACUCAAAGCUGAAGAACAGAGUUCUCUAGACCUUUCUCACUGGGUUCCCAAAGGUUCCCUGGGCUGAGAACUUUGUAGAACUCAAACACUACUUUUAGAACCGAGUCCCCCGGCUCACACAAACACAGGUCUUGCGUGUUCCCUUCAUUAGAAGUCCAAAAACAUUCGCUCGUUGUGUUCCACAGCAGAACUUUGCAGGGUUCUAGAUCAUAUACUAAAGGCAUAUACUUCUAGAUGUUCUCCAUCAAAUGUUCUGAAGUCUGUAUUAAAACCACUUCCUGCUGAAGCCAGCUCUGGAAGUGGAUCUCACUGAUCCGAUCUGAACCCUUCACUUCACAGUGAGGUUCUAAUGAAUGUCCAUCAGAUAAUAGAACCCAAACCAAAGAACCCUGCCACCAGGUUCUUCAACAGUAGUGUGUUGAGAACUCCUCAGGUCUCCUGAGGAUGAACCUUUAACUUCAGGGCAGGGUUCUAGAUCAUUCACAGAACCAGCACUGAUCGUGGACCUCAUAGAGAACCGUCUGAGAUAAAGGUUCAUUUUCUCCAAAGCAGGGUUCUAAAGAGAUCAUGAACGUCAUCAUACCUUAGAACCCACUCUAAACUAAAGAACCCGGUCAUCGGGUUCUGGAGGGUUUUUCUAGAGAGACCAGUUCUUUAGAGGCUCUUAGUGAUUACAGGGUUCUGUCCUCGGUGUAGACUCAGAGUUCUCCUGCUGAGGAACACGGGUCAUACUGCAUGUUGUUCUUCGAAGGUGUGGAUGUUCUGGGAGACCCUCAAAGAGAACGUUCUGCCUCCAUCACACCGUCACCAUGGUAACCGUGCUGAGGAGGAGUGCUAAUGUAUGAGUUAGCGUUAGCAGUGCUAACAGAGUGUGGUGUAUUCUUAUGAUAACGUGUUCGUGUGUUCAUCAUGUCAACGUUUUAAUAAAGACUCUGUCAGUGAA